GCAGUAUCUGAUCUGAUCCCCCACCACCCCCCAGCUCUACCCUUUCUCGCCGCCUGCCUGUCUCUCUCUCUGGCGGCCGGGCGGGCGGGUGGGAAAGUUAGCCCCCUUGUUCGAGGCCAACGCGGGGGGCGUGAGCCGGAAAGGGAUAGCGGGCAGCUAUCCGCCCCCUUGCUUCGGUUGGUUGCUUCAUCCAUCCCGUCCCAUCCCGUCCCGUCCAUCCGCGCAAAGCCAUCGCCUUUUCUGCCGGACACCCCUUCCCUCCUCUCUUCCCCCACCUCCCUCUCUCUUCUCCCUCUCCCUCUCUCCUGCGAGCUCAGUGAGACGGGGGAUCGCGCCACCUCGAUUUACCUGCGGUUUCCCGUCCUCGGAGUUUGCGCUUCUUCCGCACUCCAUUUCUGAGCUCUCGGAAUCCCGAUCCGAUACGGUUCCGGACGGAAGCCGGCGGCUUCUCCACCGGGGUCGAUCGGCUCCUCCGUGUUUCGCCAUGGGCAACUGCUGGGGCGCCAAGAUCAGCUCCGACAGCCCGUCGCGCAGCGCCUUCUCCCCAUCAGGGGCAACUUCCAAGUUCGCCAGUAGGAAUGGGGCAGCCCUGAGCAGCUCCAGCAGCCAUGCGUCGUCGGCGUCAAUGCUGCCAACCCCACGUAGCGAGGACGAGAUUCUGGAGUCGGCAAAUGUCAAGGCCUUUACCUUCAAUGAGCUCAGGACUGCCACCAGAAACUUCAGACCGGACAGUGUGCUCGGCGAGGGUGGGUUUGGGUCGGUCUUCAAGGGUUGGAUCGAUGAGAAGACACUUGCCCCGACUAGACCAGGCACAGGGAUGGUCAUUGCUGUCAAGAAGCUGAACCAGGAAGGUUAUCAGGGUCACAAGGAGUGGCUGACUGAGGUGAAUUACCUUGGAACGCUGUCGCACCCAUAUCUUGUAAAGCUCGUUGGCUACUGUCUCGAAGAUGAACAGCGGCUCCUUGUCUAUGAGUUCAUGCCGCGCGGGAGUUUGGAGAAUCAUCUUUUCAGAAGGAGCUCCUAUUUCCAGCCGCUUCCCUGGAACCUACGAAUGAAAAUCGCCCUUGGAGCAGCUAAAGGUCUUGCCUUUCUCCACAGCGAUAAUGCUAAAGUCAUCUACCGUGAUUUCAAGACCUCUAAUAUUCUUCUAGAUGCGAACUUCAAUGCAAAGCUCUCCGAUUUCGGGCUGGCGAAGGAUGGUCCAACUGGUGACAAGAGCCAUGUCUCCACCAGAGUGAUGGGUACACAUGGGUAUGCAGCUCCAGAAUACCUUGCGACAGGUCAUCUGACGGCCAAGAGCGAUGUCUACAGCUUUGGAGUAGUACUCCUAGAAAUGCUGUCAGGACGCCGUGCAUUGGACAAGAACCGCCCAAACGGGGAGCACAACCUGGUGGAGUGGGCUAGGCCAUACCUGAGAAGCAAGCGGCGCAUAUUCCGCAUCCUGGACCCCCGGCUGGGCGGGCAGUACUCCCUCGCUAGGGCACAAAAGGCUGCAACGCUGGCACUGCAAUGCCUCUCAGUGGAGUCCAGGCACAGGCCCAGCAUGGAUGAGGUGGUAACAGCGUUAGAACAGCUCCAGGACGCCAAGGAGGGAGGGCACCAUUACCUACAAAAGAGGCCGAGCAGUCGGAGCUUGGACAGCAAUGGCGUGAAAGUGUCCAUGAAGGGGAAGCCUGCUUCCUCUCCAAAACCAGUUUGAGUGGCUAGAGUAUUUUCCUUUUGUUUUGCAGGUGUAGGUAACAUAAUAUAGGUUCAGAGGGAUCUGUAAAGAGGCAAGAGUUCCGAGUGUUUUGUGUUUAUCAUGUAGUUUUUACAUCUUCGAAUCUUUGUAAAAUACACUAUGUAAAUACAUAAUUACAUCCAGUUUGGAGUGUUGCGAAAUUCUGUUCAA